UGAACAAGUGAAGAAGCAGCAGCAGCAACAGCUGAUCAGACCGGAAUCGCCGCGGUGAUUACAUCAGCCACUUCCGCGGGCAAAGCGCCGAAAAGUCUUGGCACCUCCGAAGCCUUCAACUUUUGGUUGUCCCGGACCACAUCGUCACCUUGGCUGCGCGUUGCUGUUUCCCCGCUGUUGUUGGAUUGUCUGUUCCUGUCCCCUUAAUUUCAAUCGCAAUCAUGCCUCCGAAGGGUGUUUCGACCCGUCUCAACCCCGUCCGGUUGCAGACCAUCCCUCACCUGCGAGUCCGUCGUCCGAACACCAACGAGCCGAAUACCUGUGUCGCGGUGAUGUCGUCCAUGCUGAGCUGCUGGGCCUCUCAGGGAUACACCGCGGAGGGAUGCGCCGUCCUCGAACAACAAUUGAGACAGUGCAUGGAUUCUCCUAAACCCAAGACCGAAAAGAGAAACCCCAUCAACUACCACCUGAUGAGAAUGUACCCUAAGGUCGUCGGUCCCAAGAAGAAGGACGGUGUUCUGGGUUAAUCCCCUCUCCGGGGGAAGGGAUUACCUAUCUGCGUUUGAUUAUGCUUUCGAAGCGUUCGCAUACGGGCAUACGAUAUACCGACCUACCCACCUACUUACCUGUGAAUACCGAGGUUCUUGGCGGAAGAGGUUGAAGGGAGGGAAGGGGAAGAAAAAUUUAUCUACUUGGCGUUCUGGGCUUUUACGUACCUGUCGAGAAUUGCGUGUUUCAGAUUAUGUUGAGACUGCGGGGUGGGG